AUGUCACUGAAUCUGGAAGUUCUAAAUGAUUGGGUUAGAAAUUACAUAAAAAGCUUGGCAUGUAAGGCACAUCAUAAAGUUGAGCCGAUUCACAUCUUUCUAACAGGAAGUGUAGGUUGUGGAAAGUCCUACUUGAUAACAACAAUUUCUGACAUGCUAAAAAAAGCACUUUCUUAUCGUGCAGGGAACUUAGAAAAGAAUAAAAUUCUCAUUUUAGCGCCCACUGGUGUUGCUGCCAUCAAUGUAGAGGGAAAUACAAUACAUUCAGCCUUAGGUAUACCAGUUGAUAGAAGUUUUACUAAAAACAUUUCUAAGUUGAGUGAUAAAAAGAGAUGCAUGCUGCGAAAUAGGCUUUCAGAGCUAAGCAUUAUCGUAAUAGACGAAAUCUCAACGGUUUCAAACAAGCUAUUUUUGCAUAUUCACCAACAGCUAACUGAGAUAUUUGGAUGCUCAGAUGAUAUUCCAUUUGCAGGAAUAUCUGUUAUAGCAUGUGGGGAUUUCUAUCAACUUCCACCAAUUCAAGCAAGACCAAUUUAUGCAGACUACAAAGAUGUACUGUUAAAUCUUUUGCAUUGCUGGAAAUAUUUUAAGAUUGCUGAACUGACGGAAGUUAUGAGACAGCGUGGUGAUCAAUGUUCAAUUGAAUUAUUAAACAAUAUCAGAGUAGGGAAAUUAGAAACGCGACACGAAGAUGUACUGAAAUCUAAAUUUAUUUUGCAAAAUGACCCGAACUACCCCAAAGAUGUGAUUCAUAUCUUUGCUGAAAACCAACCUGCCUCUGAACACAACAAAAAUAUGCUAAACAGCAUAGCAUUGGAUGAAAUAAAUAUCGAGGCCAUUGACAAAAUUCCAGAAAAUAAUCCUGUGUCAAUGGUGCAAAAACUCUAUAGCCGCAGUCAAAUGGAGACAGGUGGACUAGCUCAAAACCUUCUUUUAAAACUUAACGCGUUAGUUAUGUUGACAACAAAUAUUGAUAUAUCAGAAAAACUUAUUACCGGACAGAUUGGGACUAUUCAUCGUAUAAAAACCGAUGGAUUAGGAAAAGUAACAAAAAUAUAUUUGAAAAUGAAAGACAAAAGUACAGGAGUUAAAGCUAUGAGAACAGAUCCAUAUGCUAUGCAAGAAAAUGUUAUUUCAUUAAGUAGGAUUGAAAAGAAAAUCAAAUUUAAUAAACAUAAUCUAGCUGCACUAACAAUAAAACGAAUGCAAUUCCCACUAAUGUCAUGGACUUGUACUGUUCACAAGGUUCAUGGAAAAACGUUUAAAAAAAUUGUUGUUUGUUUUGAUUUAAUAAGGCAACGAGCCUUUCACUCAGGACAAAUCUAUGUCGCAUUAAGUCGAGUCACAAGUUUAGAAGGUUUAUACCUAACGGGGACAUUUUCCAGAUCAGCUAUUAAAUCAGACACACGAGCAACCAAGCAAUACAAUUAUAUGCGAGCACACUCAAAAUUGACAUUAAAAGAUACUGGCGUAAUUAGUGGAAAUUCUAUAAUAGUAACUUUGCUUAAUACAAGAUCCUACAACAAACAUAAAAACGAUAUUAAGUCCGACCGCGUUUUAAUGGAAAAAUGA